UAGCAUCUUCAGAGCACCCAGCACCAGGGUUUUGCCCUCAAAGCCCAUCCAUAUGCAGAAGUUGACCGGAUCAUCGCCCAGCUCAGCCACAGCCUUGCAGACAUCCCCUUCCAGUCCAGCCUCCCCAGUUUCUGGCCAGGACCAGGUUUGAACCCUCCACCUCCGGUAUAUGGGGCUGGCGCCCUACUCCUUUGAGCCACAGGUAUCUGGCUCUUGGCAUCCCUAGCAGAAGUCAGGGAUUCCAGCCUUGGCAUUGGGACCCAUCUUGCCCAGGAGCCCAGGAACUUGGCUGAGGGCACAUCCUGGGAGGUGGAAUAUUUUACAGACAGGAUAUCCUAGUCUGACCAGAGAGGGGAGAUUGGAAAGGGGGCUCCAGAGGUGUCUUUUGCUCCUCAAAGAUUUGGACUAGCAAGGAGGUGGCAGAAAUGGGGCGUUCUAACAGCGUGUAAAUGACCUGGUUAAUAUUUAAUUUGGGGUAAGGAUUAGGGUGCCCUGAGCGAGGGACUAGGGAGAGCAGAGGUAGUGUCUAACCCAUCUGUGGGUUGCAGUGACAACAAUCCCUGCAGCCCCCCUGGAGGCCUGGACCCUUGCAGGUGGGAAAGGGUCUGGGUGCGGGUGUGGGAGAACUCCGCAGUGACAAGCUCUGCUGCUAAUGGGCAAGAAGUCCUGGAGGCGAGGAGCAAGAGCGUUGGGCAAAAGAUCCUCUGCCCCCCCUCCUCCUAGCUCGCACAGCCUUGGGUCAUCGGCGCUCCGGCCUGGGGCUGGGGCAAGCCCCUCUUGGGUCAGCGCUUAGCGGCCACACCCCCUCUCCAGGUCCGCAGUCAGCGGGGCAGAGCCCGGGGUCCCUCUAAAUCCUACCCGCCCCCCAAAAAAUCUAUGGGUCCUCAGGGGCCGCGAGAUGGGGAAGUGUAGCGCCUUUUCCCUACACCUGCAGAGGGGGUACCCGAGGGGGUGCCGGGCAGUGGGGGCUCGGGCGGCGCCUCUUUUGUCCUCUUGUCGCCGCAGCCCCAGCCCCGCGGGGCUCGGGGGGGUGGCCCGCGGGGGGCGCGAGGGGGGGCGGGGGGCGGGCCCUGGGCUCACGUGCUCGCCGCGCUGCUCUUAACCCGGCCCCGCCGCCCCGCCGGGAUGGCCGCGGCCGGAGCGCUCUGAGCCCCUGCUUGGUGCCCGCGGCCCCCACCCGUCCGCGACCCCUGCCGGCCCAGCGCCCCCGCCCCGGCUCCGCAGCCGGCGCCUCCCCGCCCCCGUCUCCGCUCCCGCCCUCCGCCGCGCCGCUCAUAGCCGCAGCCCCCGGACCGGGAGGAUAUGAGCGAGCCAUGAGGCUGCUGAGGCGUUGGGCGUUCGCGGCUCUGCCGCUGCUACUGCCGCUGCUGCCCCCGCCCGGUCUUGGGGCCCGGGGUCCUGCUGGAGCUCUGCAAUGGAGGGGCUCACCCCAGGUGGGGGGUCCAGAAGCCCCCGAGGUCACAGAACCCAGCCGUCUGAUAAGGGAGAGCUCUGGGGGAGAGGUCCGGAAGCAGCAGCUGGACACCAGGGUCCGCCAGGAGCCACCAGGGGGUCCGCCUGUCCAUCUGGCCCAGGUGAGCUUCGUCAUCCCAGCCUUCAACUCAAACUUCACCCUGGACCUGGAGCUGAACCAUCACCUGCUCUCCUCACAAUACGUGGAGCGUCACUUCAGCCGGGAGGGGCCAACACAACACAGUACUGGAGCUGGAGACCACUGCUACUACCAAGGCAAGCUCCGAGGAAACCCGCACUCCUUUGCCGCCCUCUCCACCUGCCAGGGGCUGCAUGGGGUCUUCUCUGAUGGGAACUUGACUUACAUCGUGGAGCCCCAAGAGAUGGCUGGGCCUUGGGGACCCCCCCAGGGACCCCUUCCCCACCUCAUUUACCGGACCCCUCUCCUCCCAGCCCCCCUUGGAUGCAGGGAACCAGGCUGCCUCUUCACUGCCCCUGCCCAGUCUGCUCCUCCAAACCGGCCAAAGCUGAGAAGGAAAAGGCAGGUCCGCAGGGGCCACCCUACGGUGCACAGUGAGACCAAGUAUGUGGAGCUGAUCGUGAUCAAUGACCACCAGCUGUUUGAGCAGAUGCGACAGUCAGUGGUCCUCACCAGCAACUUUGCCAAGUCUGUAGUGAACCUGGCAGAUGUGAUGUACAAGGAGCAGCUCAACACCCGCAUUGUGCUGGUUGCCAUGGAAACAUGGGCAGACGGGGACAAGAUCCAGGUGCAGGAUGACCUCCUGGAGACCCUGGCCCGGCUCAUGGUCUACCGGCGGGAGGGUCUGCCUGAGCCCAGUGAUGCCACCCACCUCUUCUCGGGCAGGACUUUCCAGAGCACCAGCAGUGGAGCAGCCUAUGUGGGGGGCAUCUGCUCACUCUCUCGGGGUGGUGGUGUGAAUGAGUAUGGCAAUAUGGGGGCCAUGGCAGUGACCCUGGCCCAGACGCUGGGGCAGAACCUGGGCAUGAUGUGGAACAAACAUCGGAGUUCGGCAGGGGACUGCAAGUGUCCGGACAUUUGGCUGGGUUGCAUCAUGGAGGACACUGGGUUCUACCUUCCCCGCAAGUUUUCGCGCUGCAGCAUCGACGAGUACAACCAGUUUCUGCAGGAGGGCGGCGGGAGCUGCCUCUUCAACAAACCCCUCAAGCUCCUGGAUCCCCCUGAGUGCGGGAAUGGCUUCGUGGAGGCGGGAGAGGAGUGCGACUGCGGCUCAGUGCAGGAGUGCAGCCGCGCGGGUGGCAACUGCUGCAAGAAAUGCACCCUGACACACGACGCCAUGUGCAGCGAUGGGCUCUGUUGUCGCCGCUGCAAGUAUGAGCCACGGGGUGUGUCCUGCCGAGAGGCCGUGAACGAGUGCGACAUCGCAGAGACCUGCACUGGGGACUCGAGCCAGUGUCCUCCUAAUCUGCACAAGCUGGACGGUUACUACUGUGAUCACGAACAGGGCCGUUGCUAUGGAGGCCGCUGUAAAACCAGGGACCGGCAGUGCCAGGCCCUUUGGGGCCACCAGGCUGCUGAUCGCUUUUGCUAUGAGAAGCUCAAUGUGGAAGGGACAGAGCGUGGAAACUGUGGGCGCAAAGGAUCAGGCUGGGUCCAGUGCAAUAAGCAGGACGUGCUCUGUGGCUUUCUUCUCUGUGUCAACAUCUCUGGAGCUCCUCGGCUGGGCGACCUAGGGGGAGACAUCAGCAGUGUCACCUUCUACCACCAGGGCAAAGAGCUGGACUGCAGGGGAGGCCAUGUGCAACUGGCCGACGGCUCUGACCUGAGCUAUGUGGAGGAUGGCACAGCCUGUGGGCCCAACAUGCUGUGCCUGGACCACCGCUGCCUGCCAGCCUCUGCCUUCAACUUCAGCACCUGCCCUGGCAGCGGGGAGCACCGGAUAUGUUCCUACCACGGGGUCUGCAGCAAUGAAGGGAAGUGCAUCUGCCAACCAGACUGGACAGGCAAAGAUUGCAGCAUCCACAACCCCCUGCCCACGUCCCCGCCCACAGGGGAGACGGAGAGAUAUAAGGGUCCCAGUGGCACCAACAUCAUCAUUGGCUCCAUCGCUGGGGCUGUCCUGGUUGCAGCCAUCGUCCUGGGAGGCACGGGCUGGGGAUUUAAAAACAUCCGCCGAGGAAGGUACGAUCCGACCCAGCAGGGGGCAGUGUGACGCCGGCCACGUCAUCCCUCCCGCUGUCCUUGUCUCCUCCAUCUCAUUCGUCACCCUGCAAUCUGUUGAUGGGGAGCUGGGGGCUGAUCCCCCAGCCCUGCUGCCUCCUUCAGACCAAGGGUUGGGGAACCUCACUCUGGGAAGGAAGUCCUCCACCCCUCAGCCAGCACUUGCCCUCCUCUCAGGCCAUGCUCCAUCUAUGCCACCCUUCCUACAGCCUACCUGCCCUGGCCAGGUGGCCCCUGGAGCUGUAACCCUGAAGUCCCCAUCCCCUGGGAAGGGAGGCUCCUUCUGCGUCCCAUCUGUUUUGUCUUCCAUGUCACCACUGUCUGACCUUCUGCCAGAUCCCCUCCCUGGCUAGCCUGUGACUUGCUGUCUCCAGGGCCCAACACUGACCCCCCACCAACCUGGGCCUAGUUAGAGGACUGUCCCUCUGGGCCCCAUCUCUUGUCCUCCCCUGAUGCCCCCUCUUCGUUCCAGGUCCGGAGGGGCUUAAGUGCCACCCCCUCCCUCCAAGCCUGGCACCCACCGUCUCGGCCCUGAUCCAGGAGGCCGCCCCCAUCCAGCCACGGAGGGAGGCACCAAGCAAAUGUCUUCCAGGUCCAAACCCUUCAACUCCUGGCUCCACAGGGGUUUGGGUGGGGGCUGUAGCCCUGCCCGUCAAACUACCAGAGUGGACCAAGCCUGGAGGGCACUUCCUCCCUGGUCCCCCACCCACCUCAUGAGGCUUUGGCCUUGCACACUUAUUCUCCCUGUGUGAAUGUAGCUUCCAUCAUCACAAAUUGCCACAGUUCAAGUUCAGGGGGGCCCGGAGGGAUGCCCCCAGGCAGCCACCAGUGGACACGCCUGGGAUGGCCCCUCCUUAAAACCAAGCAGCUGGGACCAGGGUCCUAACUCUCUGGGACUUUGGGGGAAGGGGCUGACAUCUACAUUUUUUAAAACUGAAUCUUUACUGAUGAAUGUAACCUUGGGGGUGCUGGGGCCAGGGAAAUUAUGGGCAUGUUUUGACAUUUGCAGGAGGGCCAGAGGAGCUGAGAUGUGGCCAUCCCCUGGGUGCCCCCACCCCGGGAUGACCACACCUGGAGUCCUAUCACUGAACACAGGCAGGGGCUGGGUAUCCCUAUAUGCCCCUUCCACCCAGCCCUGCUGAGCCCAGAGGAAGUACGGAGUGCUGAUUCAAACCAAAGCUGCCUGUGCCGUGCCCAAGACCUAGGUUAUGGGCACAGCAACCACACGUCCCAGAUUGUCUUCAAUUCCAAAACAUCUGUCCUGUUGUCCUUACCAGGACCCAUGUAUUUGGGAUGGGGGGGUCUAGAAAAUAUAGUCCCUGAAAUAUAAUGGCACCUUUCCCCUUUUAAGAAGGGUGAUUCUGGGGCUGACUCAGGGUUUAGGUGCCCCUGGUGUGGCCUAGAAGUCCCAGGCUGGGCCAUCUUUCCAGGGAGGACUCUCCCAGGUAGGGAAAGCCAGAGGUGGCCCAGUGCCUGGAGGGUUAGGGACUCUGCCUGGGAUGUACAAGAGGAAGUAGGAAGGGGCAGUCUCCUAGGCUUCUAGAAAAGUUCUCAAGGCCCCAUCAAACCCAUUCCACUCCCUAACCCCGUUCUAGGACUGAGUAGUAAGUUUACAGAUGUUUUCCACAUUGUGUCCUCUCAUCCUUGCUGCAGCUGACUGAGCUUGAGAGACAGGCCAAGCCAGGCGGAAUUCCUCAGUCCUCCCCCAAAAGUCCUGCCCAUGGCCUUCCCUCACGACCUUUGCUUGGGAUGGGGGAGCUCUGGUUCCUUGACUCUAAAAGCUAGCUGGCAGGAGCAAGAUGGGGGACCAGCUACUUUGUGGAUGAAAGCCACAAAUGGAUGGAGUCCCUGUCCCCAGGGAUACCCCGCCCAGAGUUGGCAGGGGGUUCUGAACAUUCUGGGGGCCUUUGAGCUGUCUGUUUUGAGUCCCUUUGUUUCUGGGGCAUCUUUGAGGAGGUUAUGGAGGAAAUGGCUAAAGGCUCCCUGUUUAUCUGCAUCACCCUCAGGGUUAGGCUGGGACCUAGGACCCACUGGUUCUUCUGGGUGGCUAGACUCACCUAGGCAGUGGGCCCUCUCCUUGAGCUCCAGCUGGUACUGCCCACGUGAGGGCUAAGUGGGGCCAGCCCUGCUGGACCAGUCCCACCAGCUGAGAGGAGCAGCUGCUGGGUUUUGCACUAUUGCUGCACUACCUUAAGGCACCCUUCCUUUGGUGUCAAAUGUGUGCGCACAGGCGGCAGUGCAUCUGCGGACAAGCAUUUGAAUCCACAUUUCUGCACAGUGGACACCUGUGCACAGGUGGAUGUGUCUGUGUGUGCCUGCAUACAGGGGGAUGGGGGUGUGAAGGACAUAAGACUUAGUGUGACCAGACCACCAUGGCUCCCAGCUGUCUGCAUCCUCCUGCCUCACCCUGGCAAGUGCCCACCCUGGUGGCGCCUGGGGAGGAGUGGAGGCUGCAUCGCCUGGGCCUGGACCUGGUGCCACACCACAUCCUGUACAUAUGUUAUCUGGGCUGGGGGGACAGGGAGGCAGGUCCAGGAGCAUCAAUUAAAGAUCACAUUCUGGGGCUUCCACGG